GAGACGCAGUUACAGGAGCUCUCUACCUCAUAUUUUCUUUUCAAGGGCUUUAAUCUAUUGUUUACCAUUUAUUGCUUUAUUAUACCUUAUUGUUCAGCAGGCAGCUGCUAUCUUGCCCUCAAAUUGCUAUUUUACGGCUUAUCACUGGCUUCUCUGAAGAAAGCAUAACAAAAACAACAAUUCUCUUCUGCUCAUUACCAGCUUACUGAGUAAGUAAUCUUUGUGACUAAUAGCCAGGGAGUAACCCUUUACUAUCGAAGAAUGUUACACCAAAGAUUUUUAGACCAUUCAUCAUGUUGAAAGCUUGAACGUAUUCCGCUGUGCCAGAAUUAGAGCUUUAAAUUCUCCCUGGGUUACUACCAUCAGUUUUGCUUCAAUGGUGUUAACAAGAAGUGCGAGAAAAGCCCUGGGCGUCUCCCCCUUGUUUGAGAGUAUGGCACAGCUGAGAAGGAUGAGGCAAAAAAAAAGAAAUCUACAGCUGAAGCCUCCGUCAGCCAUACUUACUCCUGAAUCCAAGGAUAAGGAACUCAAGGGCCAUACAAAAAUAACACAAUUUUUUACUUCACUUACAAAUGAAAGGUCCCUUGAGAACUCCCCCCAAGACACUCAGUUACCUCAUGACUGGUCCUUUUCCUUUAAAGACAAUCUUCAGACAAUUCCAGAGGACUACUCGGCCUUAAGUUUGGCAGCUGAGAUAGCUUUGGCAGAACCUCCUUAUAAGGAAGCCCCUUCUUCUUCUACGGAUACUGGAACUCUCUUCCUAGACCCUACUACAACUCUAUCCUAUAAAUCCCAUAAACAAGUUUCAAUGAACGAUAUAAAGGAUCCCAAGGAUGGCACAGAUAAUAUAUUUCUAUUUGAGAAGCAUCGAUCGACUCCUCCCAUUUCAGAUUUGACCAAGGCUCUACCUGAGUUAGAAGACUAUAAGACGACGAAUGUGACAAUUACAGACAAUUCACAAUAUAAGGAAUUGAAUAUGGCUAACAAGGAUGAUAUGGGUACCCCGCAUCCAAAUUGUUACCAACGGAAUCAGGAAAUUGAUGAGGCCUCUUACCUGCCCUUGCAAGACCCUUGGCAUGAUGCAGUCAUGAAAGAAUCUUCAAUUCAGCGAUUAGGAGGACAGUCAAUAUUCCCAAAAUGGAAUCUAGUCUUGAAUCCUCUUAAACUUGUAUUUGAGAACUUCCCUAAGCCUAGGGGAAUUUUAUCGCAAAACGAUCGGAUUUAUCAUCUUUUUGGACUUCUGAAAGAUAUCGCUGAGACUCGCAUUUUGGUAACUGAUAUCCAACAGGUUGAAUACCUGUUCUACAACGGUAUAAAGGCAUGUGCAGUCAUCCUAUUUGUCUCUCGUUUUGCGGCAAACUGUGUUCUUUCCACCAGGUACAAUCUAGCCUGCUAUGGUAUAAAUAUUUCUAGAUACUUUGAGAAUAGGGCGCUUCCCGAAGCCCUAUUCUCUUGUGGUAGGCCGCAUCAACAACUAGACAAGUCGAACCAUGCCGAGCUUAUCGACUUUACAACUGUGGCUUUGCGCCCAAAUCAGCUGGGGACUUCAGCUCUUAGGCCAUGCCAACAGCAGCUCAAGCCAAUGCAGACUUAUGCCACACCUAUUGACGCUACAACUGAGACCUCGUGCCCGGAACAUCUGAGGACCACAGACGCUGGAUGUCAGGAUCCUGCCUAUUUGAGUGGAGAGUCUAGUGUUCCUUUUACCUUUGAAGAAUUAUCACUAAUAGAUGCUUACUCAGCUCUUUCAUCGGCGGGGCAAAUUGAAAUCUUGAAUAGACUGGAGAACUUAAAACUUCAUCUGGAAAGACUGGUAGUACAAGAGAAAUCUCCCCCUGUUCCCGCCUUGAUGGACUCUAUGCCAAAUCCAAGGUUACUUACAAAGGAGUCGUGUUCUCGGGGAAGGGUGAUAAAUGGCUUGUAUCUCCCACCUCCCUUGUUUAAUAGUGCCGGGAAUCAGUGUGUGGGCGGAUCAAUACCAGUUAUUAGUGUGCAAAGAAGGGGGAUGGAAGAUUCCCCCAUUAGCACAAAUGAGAAUUCUUCUCCCGAUCUUUUGGAUGCUUAUAAUUUAGCCAGACAUGCAAAACCAACAUUGCCUGAUCUUUGGACUAGGAUGAGAUUUCUGGAACCUGAGGAGCUGGGGCUUCCCGAUAACCCUCUUGGGAACAGAGGUUUACAAAGCCCUCCAUCCCAGCUCCCUCUGGAACCACUUUGUGUUCCGGCUAAGUCCCAAAGUCAGCCCAGUAAGACAGUAGUAAAGGGGGAAGUCUUAAGGGCUGUAUCAGUACCUCUAUGGACUGUGAUUUCAUGUGUAUAGACUGACAAUUGUCAGCUCUAUCCUGGAACAUCAUGGGCUGGGAGAGUAAGUUAUAUGAUGAGGAUUUUGUUGACUAUCUCUGUAAGUUUAAGAUCAUCUGUCUCCAGGAAACCUGGGUUGUAAAUCCAGCUAAAAUGUAUUUGCAUGGUUAUUGUGCUUUCUCCACCCCAGCAGUAAAACAAUCAUUAAAAGGUCGUGGUAGUGGAGGACUCACUACCUUUAUCUUGGCUGAUCUGUCAGCUGAGGUUUAUCAUUUGCCCACUACUCUCCCGCAAUAUGUCCAGAUCCUCAGGAUUAAGGGCAAACCUGUAGGAUCCCUUAUUUGUAUAAACAUCUACUUUCCCCCUUCGCAAGCAAAGUCCCUGGGUCACAAUAGUGUUUGGGACCGGCUAGCUGAAACUCUUAUACAAGUAGAGCUUCAAUUUGCUAACGACCGCCUCCUCCUUU